GGCGCGCAGCGGGAGCGGCCAUGGCGGAGCGGGGCCGGGGCUGGGCCCGGGCCGUGCGGGGGCUGCUGCUCGAUGUCAGCGGGGUUCUCUACGACAGCGGCGCCGACGGCGGUGUCCCCAUCGCGGGCUCGGUCGAGGCCGUGCGCAGGAUCAAGGCCUCUGGGCUGAAGCUGCAGCUGUGCACCAACGAAACCCAGGCGACCCGGGAGAGCUUUGUGAGGAAGCUGCGAGCCCUGGGCUUCGACAUCGCGGUGGCCCAAGUGACCGCGCCAGCGCCGGCCGCCUGUCACCUCCUGCGGCAGCGCGGCCUGAGGCCACACCUGCUGGUGCACGAUGGUCUUGUCCCUGAGUUUGCUGAGAUUGAUAAGACAAACCCAAACUGUGUGGUUCUUGGAGAUGCAGCAGAGAACUUCACCUACGCAAACCUUAACGAGGCUUUUCGACUUCUGAUUGGGAUGGAGAAGCCUGUUUUGAUCUCCCUUGGAAAAGGACGCUACUAUAAAGAAACUGAUGGGCUGAAACUUGAUGUUGGAGCAUAUAUGAAGGCAUUGGAGUAUGCUUGUGAUAUCCAGGCUGAGGUGGUGGGCAAACCAUCAAAAAGGUUUUUUGAGUCAGCCCUGGCAGAGCUGGGAGUUCCACCAGAGCAGGCCAUCAUGAUCGGGGAUGACAUUGUGAAUGAUGUCGGGGGAGCCCAGCAGUGCGGGAUGAGAGCGCUGCAGGUGCGGACGGGCAAGUACAGCCUGCAAGUUAGAGCAGAGAAAAAUGACUUUGAGGCUUUUCCAAGUGUCUCCCUGUACCUCUGGAAACAGCUUCCAGGUGCAUCAGAUGGAUCUUGGCAGGGGGCCGUCCGAUGAAAACCACCCCGAGGUGAAGCCUGAUGCCUACGUGAACAACCUGGCUGAGGCUGUGGACAUCAUCCUCCAGGAGCUGUAAAUCCCAGCAGGAGCAGGAAUGAGCCCUCACAUGCAGCCCUUCCAUGGAAGCAUUUCAUCCUCUCCCACCUCCAUCUCACCUGAAUGAACCCAGCCCAGCCUUGUGCAGGGUGGUGGGCACCUGCCUUCCGAAAUAUUUCACAUCAUGGUACUAAAAUGAUCUACUGACCUCCCAUCCAAGGGAACACCAAACCUGCUGUCCUCUGGCAAGUCUUGAAUGCCCUGCCCUUGGUGCCUGUGAGGGGCCUCAGCCUCCUCUGGGUGAUGCUGGGGGGCUGUUCCCCCUUUUCAUCUUUGCUCACUCUGGGGAGGUGGGAAACAGGGAGCCCUCCUGAAGGGAUUUACCCAUUUAACCCCCAUGUCCUGUGCCUUUUGGGGUGCCUGUGUGGGAUGGAGGAUGUCCUUGGGGGCUGAUGGAGGCCACCAAGCUCCUGUGUGUGCCUCAGGUGGCACAAAAGCCCUGGGGAGGGGGACAGCCCCACAUGCCUUGGCAAGGCAGGAGCUGUGGUUCUGCCAGGAGCAGCCCAUCAGGAGCAGCCCCAGGAGAGGACACAGGAAUCAGUAACACGUUAGGGAAUAACUGCACCAUCCUGUCAGGAAUAAACCCUGUCCUUUGGA